CGCUGUGUCGGCGUAUAAUGUGGGGUGUUUGGCCGGCAUGGCUGUCAGUUGAUUUUCAUAUGUUGAGAAAUUAACAACGGUAUUGGUUGAGGUGACAGAUUACAUACAUACUAUAUGCUCGUGAGAUAAAUUGAAGAACAUUCGAACAACGUAAGACUUAUUAUAUAGCGACAGCGACAAGACAAUUCGUGGUAGUGGUGAAUUAUACAAUAAAAUCAAAUAACUCCAAUCAGCAGCCCAUUGUCAAUGAAAUGCACAUUGUUUUUCUUUGCCCACCAUUAGCGGCUACAUAACAUUAAACCGAGUUUUCGGCUGCAAAAACAAAAAUCACGUAUAUUAUGUAAAGCAGCGGGCUAAUAAAGUGUUCAAGUGCCGACAACUAUUUGUGUUAUACAGUUCUGGAAAUAGUUUGAAGUUCUGAUGAAAUCAAAGUAAAUUUUUUUUCUUCUACCGCCUUGAAUGUCGCAUAUUACGAAUCUAAAAUAAAUAACAAAAACAAAUAAAAAUUACAAGAUAUUGUAAAAAUAGCGUAAAUAUAGAUAAAAAAGCCAUAAAUCGAGCAUUAUUCUGAUUUAUUAACAAAUAAAGGCGAGUAAGUGCUAUUAAUGCGCAGGCAUUGUGGACAAAGUGGUCACAGUUAAGGACAAGCGCGGUCGCUGGCCAGACGAGGCAAGGGCAAAGAAUUUCAGCAGUGCAUAUAGCUGUCUAUAUGUAUAGGUCUAAGUAUAAUUGAAAGCAUUAAAUUGCGCGACGGUUACGAGUGCAAUUUUAUGAACGCGAUUCUCGAAGCAUUGUGCAUUUAAAUUGGAAAUUUCUCGCCAACAAACACGCGCCCUUACGUUGUCCGUUGCUGCAGCGUAUCCCCCAGCCGCCAGCAGCCCUCGACGCGCGAUAUACAGAAAAAGUGCAAGUGAAAAUUUUCCUAAGCACGUUGUCCUCAUCAGCAGCGCCGUAAGAUGUUGACCGUAUCCAAAGGCCCCAGCAAGAUUGUGGCCAAAACACGCAGAGGUGUUCCGCAAAAUUAUGAGAAAUUAUUUGAAAUCAAAGAGAGCGGUCGCAGAUCCUCUGACCUUAAUAGUCCGGAGAAUAAAAGUGCACCACGUCCUGUCUUCAAAAAAUCUGCCUCGAAUGGCCGACACAUAGAAGAGGUCUCAUUAACACCACAGCAUGAGGAGAUUGUGCAAUACAUCAAUGACUCGUGGAACGUCAUUGUGGCGCAUAAUCCUUACGACUCCGCGUUCGAAAGCAAUGGCCAUGUGCAACAACCUACGGAUUCCAACAACAACUCUGCAGGUUCUUCCAUCGCAUCCACCUCAACAUCAUCGGCCGCCUCAUCGGUGUGCACCUCGCCGCAACCGACCGCAUCGAUCUAUUGCAUCGAACCGCCGAGCCCAGUGUUGAGCGACUUCAAGCCUUUCGAUUUGGUGACUUGGUGGUAUGAUCGCCUCUGUGAUGUCAAGAGCACGUGAAGUGUGACGACGAACUAAAGCUAGCGAGAGAGUGUGAGUGAGCGCGUGAAUGUGUGCGUUUAAGUGUGCGUGUGUGCGUGUGUGGGUGAGAAUUUGACGUAAAUGUACAACGAAGUGCUAUUGAGUAAAACGAAAACAAGCUUAGACACAUAAAUACAAAUAAUUUACAACCAAAAAAGUGGCAGCAAGCGAAAUUUCGUGCAUAAACACGCAAACCGCAAACAAUUUAAGCAAAUCAUAAAUUUGUGAAUUGUCAUCACCUGCGUCAGACAGUCGUCGUCGUCGGCGCCGAAAUGCAGUGUAAUUAACAUACAUACAUACGUAAAUAGAAAUGCAUAUGCAUGCAGGCUAUACAUACACACUUACAGAUAUGUGUAAAAUAAUUAAUUUUUAAUUAAGUUUUAUGUUUAUAUAUUAACUGCAGAUAUGUUUGCUCGUUUUUUUAAUUAGCUGUUACAGUACUAAAGUAAUAAAUAUUGCAUAAUAAAUAUAUUUAAAUUUUUAUAAUAAUUUAGAAACUCAACAAAUUACAAUCCUAAUAGUUAUAAUAUAUGUACAUAAUAUAUAUGUAUAUUAUUAACGAAAAUAUUAAAACAAUUUAAAAUAAAUUUCAAUAGGCACAUUUUAUUAGCAAGCACUGUAGUUACGCUCAAACGAAUAGAUAAGUAAAAUAUUUGUUAUAAAAUAAUAACAGAAUUGCUGUGAGAACUCGAGACGUAUGAUAUAUAAGAAAUUUCACUGACGAAAAAAUUAUAUGUAUAUUGUAAAAAAAUUCAAAAUUUGUAGUUUGUGAAAAAGGUCUGUGACAUUAGUAAUGCUGAAAUAAGCGCUAAACGCAGACAAGUAACGCAAAAAAUACUAUCUUAUACCGAUUUUUACCCUUAGUUUAAAAAAAAAAACUUCAAUAGUUAAAAAACUCACCACAAAAAAUUCACCACAAACAAUUUCACCACGAAAUAAAAUUCACCACAAAAGAAAAUUCACCACGAAAGAAAUUUCAUAACGAUAGAAAAUUCACAACUAAAGAAAUUUUAGCACGAAAGAAAAUUUACCAUGAAAGAAAAUUCACCACGAAAGCAAAUUCACCAACAAUUGUGAACAAAAAUUUUUAAAACGAAAGUAGACUUUUCUUACUCCGCUAUAUUGUAUUGAAAUGUUAAGAAGAAAUCACAUUUAUAUAGUCAAAAGAAAUCUUACACUGUGAAAAAAGUAUAGCAUUAACUAUGAACGGAACAAAAAUAACAUUUUUACAGUUAAAAAAAUAUUACGCUGUGGAAAAAGUAUAGCACUAACUACAAACCAAACAAAAGUCACAUUUCUACAGUUAAAACAAUAUUACGCCGGGAGAAAACCAUAGCAGUAAACUGCAAUAUUUGUUAAAACUAUUUGACCGAUAUUAGUUACACUUUGAGAUACACUGUAGGUAUAUAGAGUCCGGCCAAAAAUUGUUAGCCACUGCUUAAGCAUCCUGUAGGACACGCAGUUUAACCUUUACUUCUUUGCUAUAAUAUGUUAUAGCAAUUUUACAGUUAACGCCAGCUGUUGUGAAGACACUUUGAAGGCCAAUGUAUUACAUAGGAGAUGUUAAAUUUGCUGUUAUGAGAUCAACAAACUGUUUUUAAGGAAAUGUUAAAGAAAAUGCAUAUAUGUAUGUAUCUACAUAUUUGUAAAGAGAUAUUGUUGAGUGUAAAAUGUUUAUUAAAUAAAAAUAUGAAAAUA